AUGAACUUGGAAGGGCUUGAAAUGAUAGCAGUUCUGAUCGUCAUUGUGCUUUUUGUUAAAUUAUUGGAACAGUUUGGGCUGAUUGAAGCAGGUUUAGAAGGAAGUCUUGCUGAUGAGUUGGAUGUGGCUACUGUCAACCACCGCCCCGAUCCACAACAGCUUAUGGAAAAGCAAAGCAAACAAACGAAAAAUGACCUGGAAGUGUUUUAUAGGAGCUUUAAAGGAGAAUGUCCCAGUGGUGUUGUUAAUGAAGAAACCUUCAAAGAGAUUUACUCACAGUUCUUUCCACAGGGAGACUCUACAACAUACGCGCAUUUUCUGUUUAAUGCAUUUGAUACGGACCACAAUGGAGCUGUGAGUUUUGAGGAUUUCAUCAAGGGUCUUUCCAUUUUGCUCCGGGGGACAGUACAAGAAAAACUCAAUUGGGCAUUUAAUUUGUAUGACAUAAAUAAAGAUGGCUACAUCACUAAAGAGGAAAUGCUUGAUAUAAUGAAAGCAAUAUAUGAUAUGAUGGGUAAAUGCACAUAUCCUGUUCUCAAGGAAGAUGCUCCCAGACAACACGUCGAAACAUUUUUCCAGAAAAUGGACAAAAACAAAGAUGGAGUUGUUACCAUAGAUGAGUUCAUUGAAAGUUGCCAAAAAGAUGAAAACAUCAUGCGCUCCAUGCAGCUCUUUGAAAAUGUGAUUUAACUUGUCAAAUGCAUCCUCAAACAGACAAAUGUGAACUAUUGUACCACACUUAAACUUGGAGCUACCACUUUUAGCAUAGAUUGCUCAGCUUUACACUGAGGCAUAUUAUGCAAACAAGCUUUGUUUUAAUAUAAAGCAAUCCCCAAAAGAUUUGAGUUUUCCAGUUACAACUUUGCAUCCUUUUCAUAAUGCCACUGAGUUCAUGGGAUGUUCUAAGUCAUUUCAUGCCCUGUGACUCUUCAAAAGUACAGAAUCUGGCAGAGAGUUUUACUGAUUCUUUAGCCAUGGGAUUAUUCAGCUUUCCCAUUACCAGUGAUUUUAAAAUAUCAGUGUUUUUUGCUACUCAACUGUACGUAUUCAGCCCCAGGAUUUUAAAUGGUUUUCUAAACUAUUGGCAUCUGCAUUUAAUUUCCAGAAAUUAAUUUUCAUGUUUGUAUGCUGUAAUUCCAUUUAUACACUAAGUAAACAAAACAAGAUUACUAUGAUUAGUAACAA